AUGAGGUUCACGCUCGACUCUGCGUCCGACGUCUCAGCAGACGAGCAGUCAUCUCCAACCGUCGUGCGAACGUCGCUUCCGCACCAGGCGCUCUCCCGUGCCAAGCAAGCGACGCAUCUACACAACUUUGCCUCUUCCUCGACAUCUUCCCAGACACCCACAAGGAAGGGUAUUCUCCGUCACACAUCCUCCUACACCUCCACCGCAUUCAACGGCCAGCGUCGGCAACGCUUCCAAGACGAAAGCGAUCAAGAUGACGACCCAAACAUGCAAAAUGCGCAGCAGCAGACGGAGCAGGACACACCGCGCAGCCGCACUCGCUCUGUCCCCUCGAUCUCUUCGCCUCACAAUCACACUCGCCGACGCAGUGCCACACCUUCCUUCGAGCUCGUCGGAAUGCCAUCUCCCUCAGCUUCGUCCUCCAGACUCGCUGCUGGUAGUCCUGGGCCGUCGUCUUUGCAACUUCAAACAACGCCGAGAGCGACUGCGGCCCUGCCACACUGGUUGAGGUCUUCCCGCCAACUGCACCGCGGUCAGCAGCUCGAUGACGACCUAGCUUCAUCCGAUGAAGAUCAUGCGGCUCUCUCCUCUUCAGACGAGGACGCCAGUGGUGAUGACGUUGACGAUUCCGAUGGCUCUUCGUCGCCUCAAACCUCGCCAUACGACCAAGAAGAUUCAUCGGACAGCGAAGGAUCACCCUGGCCUGUCGAUGGCCUCGUCUCGUCAUCCUCACGCCCGCUUCGCACAAGCAGUCGAUCCAAAGCAUCACGUCGGCGAGGCAGUACUCCUGCAGUCAACCUCGCUUCCAUCGCCGGCGAUGAUUGGGAAGAGUGGAAUCGCCACUCUGCCCAACUCGCCUGGCAUCGGGCUCGAGCGACCAAGCGCGACGCCUCGGGUCCCGACGCGACCUCGGCACGCACCUCUCGAUCACGCUCAGCCACAGCGGCGCUGGCCCCCGAUACCGACGUCGAUGAAGUCCAAGCCCUUCUAUCCAGCCUCAACAUGCGUCGAACCGAAGAAGAAGCAGAGGUAAAAAGGGCCUUCGAGGCGCGCAACAAGGACCUCUGGUCCGGCAUCGAUGCGUGCAUCCUCGCGGCCGAGACGGAAGCACGCAAAGCAGCAGCCGCAGAAGCUGCACGCUUGGAAGCAGCUCGCAAGUCGCAGGAAGAAGCCGAGCGCAAAGCUGCCCAAGCGAGACAAGCAGAACUAGAUCGAAUCGAAGCCGAAAAGAAGGCCGCACAAGCUGAAGCUGAGCAACGCAAAAAGCAACAGGAAGCCGAAGCUGCCAAGCAAAAGCAAGACGCAGCAGAGCAGGAGAAGCUUCGUGCUAUGGGUGGUACCGGUGACGAUAUCCGCAAAGCUGCCCUUCAAGAGUAUGACGAAUGGAUGACCAAGAUACGUCACAUCAAAAGCGACGUCCUCCCCACCAUCUCUGCCAAUCCGGAUUUGAGGAAACAAUGUUUCGCAGCCAAGCGGCAGAUCACACCCAAGAUCGGUCAACUGACCAACUCUCGUCAAGAAAUCACACGCAUCACCCUCGCCAUCGCAUCCGUCCUCGACGCUGCCAAGCAGGCAUCCUCCGCCACCGGAAGCCACGUCUACACGUGGAUCCUCAACCAUCUUUCCAAGUGUCUCAUCCGGCAAGCCGAACAAGAGGUUGCUGCUAAGCAGGAUACCGCCUACCCGCUGGCACGCGUUGUGGUGUGGCUGUUGCUGCUGGGACAUGUGGAGUUGGGAGAGGUGUUGAUGGGUAGGUUGUGUAAGAAGUGUCCGUGGGUUGUGGCUGUUUGGCCUGGCAGGGGGAGGGAUGUGGAUGAAGCGGGGUAUCGCAAGGUGAUGGGUUACAAGACGCAGGAAGAAACUACGGAGAACUACUCGAACCGGAUGAAUGGAAUUGUUGCGUUUUACUUUGCUAUCCUGCAAACUACUCCCACCACUCCACCGGGUGCCACGGCGCUGGAGGUGGAGAGAAUACCACUGCACUUCCGCUCAACAACCAUCUGGAGGUGGACGGUGAGAGCCAUCACCCCCUCGUCUUCGAGCAACGCGUUUUUAGAUCACCCGAUGUGUCCGUCCAUCUGGUCGGUGUUUAUCGAGAUCGCGGGCGAGUACGCCUUGAAGGUGUACGGCAAACAGAUGCGCAAGAUCUUCGGCUUGUUGUUGAAGGAAGGUGUGGUGGGGAAGAGGGCGGGAUGGUGGAAGCACGCCGAUGACAAGCCGUAUGUCAAGGCUGCAACCGUGAGGCUGGAGCUGUUGUUGAUGGACUGGAGCGAUGAGCCUGGGCAGAUGAGGGUGAAAGGUGCCACGAGGGGGGUCGAGAUGGAGCCGUAG